CUCUGUCGCGUUUCACCCAUGGAAGCCUUCUCAGCCCGCUCUCAGAAAGAACCUCUGGUGGUGAUCAUGGGUCCUACUGGCACUGGCAAAACCAAGUUGUCCUUGGACCUUGCCACCCGCUUCUCUGCCGAGAUUAUAAAUUGUGACAAAAUGCAAUUCUACAAGGGCCUCGACAUCGCCACGAACAAGGUCUCUGUCGAGGACAGACGGGGUGUUCGGCACCAUCUGCUUGGGGAGUUUGACGACCGAGACGGCGAGGUCUCGGCCGACAACUUCCGAAGCCUCGCCUCAGAGGUCAUUGCCUCUGUGACGGAGCGCGGGCGGAUCCCGAUACUUGUUGGGGGCUCUAACUCCUACAUCCAGGCCCUUGUGGAAGAGGUGCCACUGCCGGCAUCGGAUGAGUCUGCAUGCAUUGAGCUGUUACGGCAGAAGACUGAGAACGACUUAAACCGGCUUGCUUUCCGGUACGACUGUUGCUUUAUUUGGGUUGAUGUUAAAAUGCCAGUGCUUUAUGAGUGGGUUUCUCGGAGAGUUGAUGAGAUGCUGGAUGCUGGCCUCUUUGAGGAGGUUGCAAAAUUCUACGAGCCAGGAGCAAAUUACAGUCAGGGUGUACGGAAGGCCAUUGGAGUGCCUGAAUUCGACAUGUUCCUUCAGUGCUUUCCACCUGGUUCUGGCCAGGAAUUGAGCAUGGCUGAGGAGAGAAAGAGGUUGUUCGACAAGGCGGUGAGUGCCAUCAAGUCGAACACAUGCGAGCUCGCAAAGAAACAGAGAGAGAGGAUAGUAGGGCUCGAAGAAAGCGGAUGGAAGCUGCAUAGGAUCGACGCGACCGAGGUGUUCUUUAGCGGGUGUUUGGCACAUUCCGGUGUGUCCUCCCAGGAUUCAGCCCUGUCGUCGCCGGUUUCCAGCAGGGUGGUCGCAGAUAUAUGGGAGGAGAUGGUGGUCCAGCCCACUGUGAAAAUCGUGAAGAAAUUUUUGGAAAUUUGAUAUUUGAUCAAGCUUGGACCCAUAUAAAAAAGAAAGAAAUUUCUUGAUGGGGAAGCUCUAUAAGCCUGAAUAAUAUGAGAAAAUGGAGAAUUGAAAAAGAGUGAACCAACGAUGAAUGUUCAGGGUCAAUUCUAUUAUCUGAAGGCCCUCUACUUUUAUUUUAUUUUUUUAAUUUUGGCUUUUUAAAUUUUUUUUGAGUUUAUGGGAAUAUGAAAAUGGGUUAGGUGACACAACUUG